UCGCGUGUUAAAUGCGCGCGCGGCUGUCGUUCUUACGGUUCGAAUUUCGAAUCUUUUUUUUCCCGCGUUUCUGAUACAAACUUUUUAUUUACUUAGGAGCGUGGACUUAUCCAUUUUGUGUUGGAUGUUUUGUGAUCUAUUGAACGUAACUAAGUGACAAAGUGAUUAUUAUUGAAAUUAAUUCCUGUUUGGAUGUUAUAAAUAAGAUUACGAUGACCAUUGAUGUUUCACAAGACUGAUCGAAUUUUUUAAUCAAACAAUAAGAUGUAACUGCUAUUAGGCUUAAAGGUACUCGAAAAGCGUCAGGGCGUCCUAGAGCAAUGACUACGGCGAUGGCAUCUCAUCAAGAAUCCAUACAUGAGAGACUACAACCGGGACCUGAGGAACCUCUAUAUCUCCACCAUGAAACCUGGACGGAAACCGCAGACAGAGACGAACACAGCUCAGAUAUGUCUCCAUACUACAACAUGCCGAAACGGAAUAAAAGAAAAAACUUCAAACCACGAUGUGCACCAAACGCAACCACCUUUUCUGAUGAGUCCAAUGGUGCAUGUGACGAAAGCCCUGUAAAUGGUAAUGAUAGGGUUACACCAGAUCAAACGACUGAAGAAUACUCAAAAAUAGGGAUCAAAAACUUUAGUCUCCUCAAAGGUGAUGUUGUAGAUCUAAGCAGAAGAUUAAGCACGGAUUCAAACGAAAAUAUAGACUCAAGCUAUCCUAUAUUAGAGGACAAAAAGGAUACAUUUCAGAGAACCUAUAUACAUAGCUUACAAAUUAAUGAUAGUAAUAAAGUUUUAAAUUUUAAUAACUUACAAAAUAAAAGUUUCUGUGCCAAAAAUCCGUUCGCUAUUUCGCAACUAAUUAAAACAAAUUCGCCUCCAAGAAGAAGGGAUUCUGACUCCGAUGAAGACAAAACUCAAGACAUAAACGCUAACGAUAGAUUGGAGAAUCCGGACAUGGAAGUAAAUGAUGUUCAGCAGAACGGUGAUACAGCGAAUAGAAUACUUAGGGAUUAUGCAAUGAACACAAUGAAAGAAUUGCUGGGAAUUUAUGGUCUGUCGUCGAAUGAAGUCGCUGACGCUAUAAGUGGGCAAAUCAGGGCGUUGGAAGCACUUCAAGGCAAACCGUUUACCCAGUUGCCGAUGAGCUUAAAAAGGCGACACGAUUCGGGCGAUGGGACGGACAGGAGCCUCAGAAGAUCUUCAUCAGCAACAGAGGAUGAAGGCUCCACGAACAUUACUCCUCCAAAAACACCCGAUAAUGACAUUGAGUCUCAAAGACAAAGAGCGUUACAAAUAAUCAACCAACAAACACUGAGGCUAAACAAAAGUCAACCAGAGGAUGACUGCAGCGGUUCUGAUGAUGGAGAGCAAACCUUGGAUCUCAGUGUAUCCAGGGAUGCCGAUGGACAGGAGCAAUCAAACACAUCCAGCGCUGGGAAUAGCGUAUCAGAAUUUGACCAGCACAAUAUCCUCAUGAGGAAAAACUUGGAAGAUUUAGCUAACUUGCAAAUGCAGGGUUUCUUUCAAAAGCAGUCAAUGAUAGACCCAGAAGAUUCACAAGAAAGAAAAUUUCAAGCAAGUGGUCUUCUUUCCGCGUUGAACCAUUUGGAUCAAGCACGAAAGAACUCCCUGCAGACAAACGUGGAUUACUCGAGAUACGUGAAAAGAUACAGCUCAACCCUAGAAUGUGGUUCAUCGUACUGCAAAGACCUGGGGUACCGGGAGCACUUCCACUGCAUGGACUGCACUGCCCGGGUCUUCUGCAAGAAGGAGGAAAUGAUACGCCAUUUUAAGUGGCAUAAAAAACGCGACGAAUCACUAGCGCACGGUUUCAUGCGGUAUUCACCCCUUGACGACUGUUCAGAACGCUUCAGCGAUUGCCCGCACAACAGGAGUCAAACCCACUACCACUGCAUUCAAGAUGGCUGUGAUAAGGUGUACAUAUCAACCUCGGACGUGCAGAUGCAUGCAAACUACCACAGGAAGGACUCUGCCAUUCUCCAAGAAGGUUUCCAGAGGUUCCGGGCAACAGAGAGCUGUGCUGCUCCACAUUGCAUCUUCGCUGGACAACGCACCACCCACUUCCACUGCAGAAGACCUGGAUGUACAUAUACGUUUAAAAAUAAAGCUGAUAUGGAAAAACACAAGACUUACCAUAUAAAGGACGAAGCAUUGUCCAAAGACGGCUUCAAGAAGUACAUGAAGAACGAAGCGUGCCCGUAUAGGGACUGCCGGUUUAGCAGAACGUGCAAUCACAUCCACUGCAUCAGACCUCACUGCAAUUAUGUCUUGCACUCAAGCAGUCAGAUCUUCACCCAUAAGAGGAAGCACGAGAGAAAAGAGCAAGAAAUGACCUUUGGUUUACCAACAUCAGUGAUCCAGAGCGCACUGAUGCAGCAAGGUGCCGACUUGAGCAUGUACUCUCCUGGCAGCAACCUACAGGUGGAAGAUGAGAUGUCUUCCUUGCUGGACCCGGAUUAUCCAUUUAAUCCAGCGUUGGUUGAGGAGAUAUCCCGAAAGUACAUUGAGACAUUUAACGGAGGCAAAGAGGCCGAAGACAAGUGUGGAAAGUGUAGCGCCUUCAACAAGCACUACCACUGCUUAGCUGAGGGCUGCAAGAUGGCUCACAGCUGUCAUAACACAAUGGUAAAACAUGUCCUGGAGCAUGAACAACAAAACCAGGUGACCGAGGCGUACUUUGUGACGUACACACGAAAUAGCCCUUGUUCCAACUCAGCCUGUCAGCACAUACGAGAUAUAACGCAUUAUCAUUGUACUUGGGAGAAUUGUGGAGCUGUGAUUUUAUCAUCAGAAGAUCAACCAUUCAGACGUUUAGAACAUCACAGGCAACAUGCAAUUUUGAGCCCGAUGUCCCCAAACUUAGCGGCAAGAUUUGCCCCAAACUUUACUCCUCAAUUAUCAGCGCAACUGCAUCCGAAUAUGGCAGCUCAGCUCGGACAAGUAUCUAGCUUACCAAACUUACCCCCAAAUUUGGCGCAGUUGGCGCAAAUGGCUCCAAAUCUUGGAUCCCAAUUGACUCCGAACUUACAAGCGCAACUUAAUCUUGGUCCAAACCCAGCAAUUGCCCCUCAACACGUAAACCCUUCCAGUUCCUUGGAUGAAAUGUUUAGUAGAAAAAGAGGAAGGCCUCCCAAGAACAGGGUUGUAGAAGUUUGGACUGAUAAUGUUACGCCACAAGCUAUAUUCACUUCUUUCAAACUGCCAAAGAGUAAUCAAAUGCCACCAGUAAUUCAUUCCCCAGUUGUGACAACUAUUGAAGAGUUUCCGCGUAUACGAUUCCAACAUUUUGAAGUAUUUACAUCACCAGAGUCAUGUGGUCAAUAUUAUCCGAACUGCCAGCUCAGAAGCAGCCGACUUCACUUGCACUGCUUUCACUGUAGUUAUACCAGCGAAAAUCACUUUAGCUUGGAAACUCACAUGAGAGAAUCUCACUCCAUCAAUCCACUUUUAGAUGGCUUUGACUAUUUUAUUUCCUUCGAUCAAUGUGGCGGAAAAAGCUGUUUCAAAAAUCAGCUAAGAUCGCAUUUCCAUUGUGCUCAAGGUAAUAAUUGUCCAGCAAUUCUAACGCAGUAUUCUGCUCUGGCUACUCACAAACAUGGUAGAGGUACUCCUGUUAUUAAAACUGAAGAACAAGAGAAGCCAUAUGAAGAAGCCAAAGAUUAUUCUAUUAAAGAAAGGGCAUCCGCUGAUAGUAUCGGAUCGAUCAAAGAAGGCAAUGACUAUACACCAACAAAUUUUGUUAUAAAGAAUGAAUUUGAAAAGGAUCAAGAUAAUAUUUCCGUAGUAAAAGCGACAGGCACAUUUUAUCCAUCAUCGCACCUCCGAAGCAACACGUCUUCACCACGUAGCAUUUACGACGCAUCUCCGUCAAAGGAAAAGAGACCAGAAUACGAUUCAAAGAAACCUUUCGAAGGUCCCAAAAUUUCUGGCCCAACAAUACCCCCAUCGUGUCAUGAUCAAGCUUGUCCAUUGAAUAAGAAUGCUGGAGGAAUGAAUUUACAUUACCACUGCCCUCAUUGCAGUCAAGCAUACGUUGAUCUGAAGUUAUUGUUCAGUCAUAUGAUCAAAAAACAUAGCAAUGUGAUCGAUUCAGGACCAGUUGGAUUGCAAGCUACCAAGGAGACAUUGGAGAGAGAAUACCCAGAGAUAUCGAUAUUGCCAUCAACCGCAACUUCUUCGAGUGCACAGAUGCCAUCACCAAGUCAGAGACCACCUAAUCCUGCCGAACAGGUGCAGGCAGUUCAGAGUCUUCUGCUGCAGCAGUAUUUGUCGGGAGGGCGAAAGAACACUCUCCAAGAUCAUCUCAAAAUGCAGCAACAAUACCAAGCAUCACUUGCUGGUUUGCCAGGACUAGCUCAAGUGGCUUUGUUCUCACAAGGGGGAUCACCUUUCCCUCUUUACCCAACAAUGAUGUAUCCGCCUGAGCUACUGCUAGAGCAAAGUUUGCUACAAACCCACGGUCUUCCACCGGUGAUGGACAAAGAAGCUGAAAUGAUAGCGAAGUCACGACGAUCGGGUACGCGUGGACCUCACAUGCGAGUGCUGAAAGACGAGCCGAUUCCUGAAGGAUACCUGCGGUUCAGAUUCAACGAGGACUGCGCCUACCAGCAGUGCGGCUACCGCGAGCAUCAGACCCAUUUCCAUUGCACCAGGAAGGACUGUGGAUACUCCUUCUGUGAUAAGACCAGAUUUGUGCAGCAUACGGCAAGACAUGAAAGGUUAGACACAUUAAUGGGCGGAGAUUUCCAACAGUUCCGGGCUAAUGUCUAUUGCCAGAGACCUGAUUGUCCCCACGCGUCUACAUUUGGUACAGGUCAGAACAAAGCCUCUCACUUCCACUGUCUGAAGUGCGAGUUUGUCUGCACGGACACUAACAAGGUGGUCGCACACCGGCGGCAGCACCAGAAGCUCGACUCCAUCCAAGCGGCCGGCUUCGAGAAGUUUCCACCGAGCAAAAGUUGCGGCUACGAGCCACAGUGUAUACACAGCAAGAAACAGACCCACUACCACUGCCUUCAGUGUGGGUUCGCAGUUCUAGGCCUAUCACAGAUGACGUCACACAAAUACAAACACCAGGAAGCAAACCUUGGACCUUCCACCAGUGCCAACUGACCUAUUCAAUUCUAAAGUAAAACCCAGUUUUAAAUUGAACAGUCACUUUAUACAAUAUUUUGAUAUGAAACUUGUGUUCCAUAUUUCAUUUGUAUUUUAUAUCAAUGUGACUUUUAAAUUAUACAUAUUAAAUUUAAUGUAUGAAAAUAUAAAGAAGCUCGAAUUUCGAAUAUAAAAUUGUAAUUAAAUUAUAUUAAAAAUAUUCAUAUACUCUUUAUUAUAUAAAAUUAAAAUUAGCACUAUACAAAAGUGUAGUUACUCAAAGUUGUGCCUUAGUCACAAAUUAGUUUCUGAAAUGUUUUUUGUAUACGGCAACAACUGUGCCAAAACCAUGAAAAGACUUUCAAUGUUGAAUUUCAUACGAUUUAUCUAAUUAAUAAUCCACUUUGAAAGUGUAAAGCAUUUUAUACAUAGUGUGUUUAAAGUGUAAAGUGAAUCCUAAAUCCUGACCAAUCGUAGUUGUUAGUUUAUAGUAAAUAUAUUUAUUAGUACCCUGAAAAGACAUUUUUACAGAUAGUAUUAUUAAUAUAGUUCUCGUAAAAUUACUGGCAAUAAAUUGGGUUAAAAACACCAUUUUGUGCCUCAGUGUGACAAUACUAAGAGAACGGUUUUAUAAUAGUUUCAUAAUUAUACGAAAUCUGUACAAACGUCCAACUUUACAGAUGUAUAAAUAAUUAUUAUACUUUGACUUUAUACAUUGCGUUAUGAAACUGUAAUAAAUCCAAUUAUACAAAACAUUAUAAGGAAAAGAAUGUCAAUUUAUACAUUGUAAAUAAGAAUAUAUGAAAAAUUAUGUUAGAAAUUGUAUUUGUUAAACAUUAUAAUAUUAUUGGUAUAGAUUUAGAAUGAUUGGAUGAUACUGAUUCAUGAGGUAGCCAUGUAAUGCCAUAUUCCUUUAGUUUAAUAAACAAUCUAAACAGUAUUAGAUGCGGUUUCUAAAAUCACCUUUGCAUUCCUGGCCGUUACUUCCCCGAUGCUAACGUCCACAUGUUGACCAAACCAUGUCCAACACCUAGUUUGUAUUAGUAUUUUAAUAGCGUAAGUCCUUUAUAUCGUUCCUAUAUUGCAAGCCUUUGUGAAGUUAACCAAUCAAUAAUAACAAUUGAUUAAUACACAAUUCAAUAAUUUUACUUAAAUAUUCAAACAUGGAAUUAAUAAAAAUGAAAUUUAAAAAAUAUGGAAUAAUUGAAAAUUACAUUUAAAAAAAUGGAAUAAUUGAAAAUGAAAUUUUAAAAUAUGGAAUAAUUAGAAAUGGUUUAUCCGGUCAUGGAAUAAUUUAAAAUGAACUUGAAUUUAAUAUGUGAAAUACAUAUUUAUUUGAAUUGAUUAUUCAGUUUAUUAUUAUUAACGUAAGUAUAUUUUGUGUAGAAUAAUUUAAAAAUCUCCUCUGCGGAACCACUUUCGCUCAAUCAAAAUAGAUAAUAUUUUUUUUACUCUUGCAAAGAUAUUUCGUAUCAUUUAAACCUAAUCUUAAAUAAAAUUUAACUUCCUCAAAUUACGUGAUGCUUAAUUUAGGAAUUAAUAACAUUGAUUGGUUUCACAAAAGGCAAAAACACAUUUACUUCCACAAAUUGUAAUUCACAAGAACCUCAAAUUGAAGGCCGUGCCAUAUAUUUAGUCAUUUGUAUCAAGUUACUAUUAUAAUAUAGAAUUUUCAAUCACUUAGUUCUCGAAUCAGUAAAUACUCAACUUGACAAUAUUAGCGAUAGUAAAUUAAACCGAAGCUUUUCGAUUGGAAUAUUAUUAAAUAAUCUCAUUCUAAUAAAAAGAUUGUAUUUUCCCUGUGCGUUCUAAUGCAUUGAAAUUGAUAAAUUAAUGCAUAUUUUUUUAUAAAAAUGUUUAUUUUCUACUUUAUAUUCAUUUAUAUAAACUUGUCCAGAACAUAAUUCAUUGUUCCAAUUUCUUUAAUAGCUAAUUGUUUCUAAUUCAGAAAAUAAUUAUAAUUGUGUGUGUAAAUAAAAAGAUCAAUUUAAUUUAUUUAAAAUUUUCAGUUUUUUCAAUUCCCUUUUUUCUUUAAUUUCAUUUUUUUUAUUUAGUAUGUUUCAACAAUUUUUAUAAUUUUAAUUGCAUACACAUAUUGAGUAAGAAUACGCUCUCUUCAAAGGUAUCAUUUGACCAUCGUAUUACGAAUGUCUAUGGGCCACUACUCUGUUAAACACUUGCCCAUUUUUCUAACAUAAAAAAUAUAAUACUUGGGUUUUAGCAACACCAAGUUCAGAGCUAAACAAUACAUCUUCGAUCUUGGUUUAAUCUUCGGUUUAAUUUAUCGUUGUAUCAAUCAUUAAAUUUGCUGCAAUCAAUAUUUGUUUAAAUUUCUUAGUAUAUUUUAUAAUAAUUUAAAUUAACUCUCCCUUACCUUUUAUUGGUAAACCAUUGGUAGAUUGUUAUUUCCAUUUGAAUUAUAUAGUUAAAUAAUCUUAUCAUAAAAUUCAAGUGAGUGUCAAACUACCCGCAUGUGCUGGCAUACCAGUUUCCAAAGCAACUUUCAAAGUCAAAGUCAGAUAAAAUUUAUUCAAUUAAACUGAGUGCUUUUGAAUAGUCAGUAUAAAUAUUUCUUUUAAAUUUCUUAUGGGUUUAAGUAAACAACGGAAGAUCAUUCAAAGAUCGGAAUUGCAGACGAAAGCAAUACAAAUUUUUUUGCUAACUGUACUGUAAUUCCAAGUGUAAGCCACAAUUUUAAAUUAUAUUUUUUCACCAUUUUAAAAUGACUUUUGAUAUUUUUAGAAAUGUAAACAAAAAGAGUUCUAAGAGAAUAGAAAUAACGGAUUCUAAAUAUAAUCUGAUAUAUUAAGGAGCGUAGAUAAUUCCAUACUCAACCCCUCGAUAGUUUUAUUAUAUCGUGUAAGGUUUGUUAGUUAGUAAUAUUUGAAUUUCAGAAUAUUUAAACAAAAUAUUGACUGCAGCUAAACAUAAAAUUACAAAUGUUUAUUAUUGGUUGUUAUAUCUUUAUGUUAUUUAAUUUUACUUAUUUCACAGACUUCUUAUAUACUCAUAUUUAUCAUUUAGCAUAAAUUAAUUAUAAUUAAAUUAAUGUUUUUUUUCGUAUUUUAAACGUUAAAAUUAACGAUUGGAGAAUGGCGUAUCUACAAAUUUAAGAUAAACUAUGUAAUGUUCUGUUUCACGAAAUAUAGUUUUCGAACGAUUGAUUAGUUUAGAGUUAUUAUACCUCAUGAGUUCUAGGAAUUAAAUGAGAAUUUAAAA